CUCGUCUGCCAUUUCUAUCCGAGCUGUUACGCAUUGCUUGCAUUUUUCCACCCCAAAAAUAAGACUUACUCCGCCUCUCAUUUUCAACCUUGGUUGAAUUCAACCUACCUCCUCUUAUUCUAAUAAACUCCUCCUAGUUCGGUCUUUUCCUAUACGCAUUGGCAGGCGCAAUGCUUCGAACUUCACUGAGGCAAUCGAGCAGCCAGCUCCUAAGAGGUGGCUGCUCAGCUAGAACCCUAUGUACAACCUCACGAUCUCCCCUCUUCAUCUCGAAUGUCACAUCGAAAUCUGCCUUCGCAUCGAAAAGACGUUCUCUAGCUAUUACCUCCCAAAAGAGACAUGAAUCGACUACUGCAAGUGCCCCGGAUCCAAAUGAUAACUUUUUGUCCGGAAACACCGCAAAUUACAUUGAUGAGAUGUAUAUGCAGUGGAAGGAGGACCCAUCAAGCGUGCAUAUAUCAUGGCAGGUCUACUUCAGAAAUAUGGAGAGUGGAGAUAUGCCAAUGUCGCAAGCUUUCACCCCUCCCCCAACUUUGGUUCCUACACCUACCGGAGGAGUACCAAGUUUCCUGCCAGGCUUGGGCGGCGCAGAGGGUUCAGAAGUCACAAAUCAUUUGAAGGUUCAGUUGUUGUGCCGUGCAUAUCAAGCUCGUGGACAUCACAAAGCAGAUAUCGACCCUCUCGGGAUUAGACGGGAGGCUCAGGAAUUUGGCUACAGCAAACCCAAGGAGCUUCAACUCGAACAUUAUCAAUUUACGGAGAAGGAUCUGGAUACCGAAUAUUCCCUGGGACCUGGUAUUUUACCACAUUUCAAGAAAGCUGGCCGUGAGAAGAUGACAUUGCGCGAGAUUAUUGCGGCAUGCGAACGUAUCUAUUGCGGUUCCUACGGUGUCGAAUACAUUCACAUCCCUGACAGAGAACAAUGUGAUUGGUUACGAGCUCGAAUUGAGGUCGACAAGCCUUUCAAAUACUCGAUUGAUGAGAAGCGCCGAAUCUUGGAUCGUUUGAUCUGGAGUUCAAGUUUCGAGAAUUUCUUGGCUACCAAAUACCCCAACGACAAGCGUUUCGGCUUGGAAGGUUGUGAGACAUUGGUUCCUGGUAUGAAAGCUCUGAUCGACAGAAGUGUCGACUUUGGAGUUAAAGACAUUGUUAUUGGAAUGCCUCAUCGUGGUCGUUUGAACGUUCUCAGUAACGUUGUCCGAAAGCCCAACGAGUCGAUCUUCAGCGAAUUUGGUGGUUCUGCAGCUGCCGAAGAUGAAGGUUCCGGCGAUGUCAAGUACCAUCUGGGAAUGAACUUUGAGCGUCCAACUCCUUCUGGCAAACGUGUUCAACUUUCCUUGGUUGCCAAUCCUUCCCAUCUCGAGGCUGAAGACCCCGUCGUCCUCGGUAAGACUCGAGCUAUCCAACACUACAACAACGACGAGAAAGACCACAAAACCGCUAUGGGUGUUCUCCUCCACGGUGAUGCUGCUUUUGCUGCUCAAGGUGUUGUUUACGAGUGUUUGGGUUUCCAUUCUUUGCCCGCGUACUCCACAGGUGGUACCAUUCACUUAGUCGUCAACAACCAAAUUGGUUUCACCACCGAUCCACGAUUCGCUCGAUCAACCGCUUACUGCACCGAUAUUGCCAAGUCAAUUGAUGCUCCAGUCUUCCACGUCAAUGCUGAUGAUGUUGAGGCUGUCAACUACGUUUGUCAACUGGCUGCUGAUUGGCGUGCCGAGUUCCAACGUGAUGUUGUCAUCGAUCUCGUCUGUUACAGAAAGCAUGGUCACAACGAGACCGACCAGCCAUCCUUUACACAGCCUUUGAUGUACAAGCGCAUCCAGAAGCACAAGUCUCAAAUUGAUAUUUACAUUGACCAACUUCUCAAAGAUGGUAGCUUUACCAAGGAGGAUAUUGAUGAGCACAGAAAGUGGGUCUGGGGAAUGUUGGAGGAUAGCUUCGCUAAGAGCAAGGAUUACCAACCGACAUCAAAGGAGUGGACAACCUCCGCUUGGAACGGCUUCAAAUCACCUAAGGAACUUGCUACGGAAGUUCUUCCACACAACCCCACAGGUGUACCCGGGCACACUUUGGAACACAUUGCUGAAACAAUUGGUUCAUACCCAGAGGGCUUUAACGUUCAUCGUAACCUUAAGCGUAUCUUGACUAACCGUAUCAAGACUGUUAGCGAAGGACAGAACAUCGACUGGUCAACGGCUGAAGCUCUCGCAUUCGGCACCCUUGUUGGCGAAGGUCACCACGUUCGUGUUUCCGGGCAAGAUGUUGAGCGUGGUACUUUCUCUCAAAGACACGCUGUCUUCCAUGAUCAGGAGACCGAGAAAACCUACACACCCUUACAACAUAUUAGCAAAGAUCAAGGAAAGUUCGUCAUUUCUAACUCUUCAUUGAGUGAAUUUGGUUGUCUUGGUUUCGAAUAUGGUUACUCUUUGUCUUCGCCAGAUGCUCUUGUCAUGUGGGAAGCUCAAUUUGGUGAUUUCGCCAACAACGCUCAGUGCAUCAUUGAUCAGUUCAUUGCUUCCGGUGAGGUCAAGUGGAUGCAGAGAUCUGGUCUUGUCAUGUCGUUGCCUCACGGUUAUGACGGACAAGGACCUGAGCAUUCAUCAGGCCGUAUGGAGAGAUAUCUUCAACUCUGUAACGAAGACCCUCGUGUCUUCCCUUCCCCAGAGAAGCUCGACCGCCAACAUCAAGAUUGUAACAUGCAAAUUGCUUACAUGACAUCACCAUCUAACUUGUUCCACAUCUUAAGAAGACAGAUGAAUAGACAAUUCCGUAAACGUGAGUUUUUGUUUUCCACUACACAAAUAUGCUUCUAACAGUCACUAGCUCUUAUCAUUUUCUUCUCCAAAUCUCUCCUCCGUCACCCAAUCGCCCGUUCAUCAAUUGAUGAAUUCACUGGUGACUCACAAUUCCGCUGGAUUAUUCCUGAUGCCGAACAUGGCAAAUCUAUCAACGAGCCUGAGAACAUUGAGCGUGUAAUCCUCUGCACGGGACAAGUCUAUGCCGCUCUCAGCAAAUACCGUGCCGACAACAAUAUCAAGGACACAGCCUUCACUCGUAUCGAACAACUUAACCCCUUCCCAUGGCAACAACUCAAGGAGAACCUUGACAUGUAUCCCAACGCCAAGACCAUUGUCUGGUGUCAAGAAGAGCCUCUCAACGCUGGUGCUUGGAGUUUCACCCAGCCUAGAAUUGAGACCUUGUUGAACAACACACAAUACCAUGACAGAAAGCACGUCAUGUAUGCAGGUAGAGAUCCAAGCGCUAGUGUCGCCACUGGUCUCAAGGCCAGCCAUACAAAGGAGGAAGCGAAGUUGUUGGAGACAGCUUUCAGUGUAACCCAAGAUAAGUUGAAGGGAGAAUAAAUUCUGGAAAAUGGUGGAUGAUGAGGACGUGGAAGGUGGUUUGUAAUGUAGUUGUGAGUGGAGGUGAAAGGACAUAACUCGGGACAGAAGAAUACAUGAUGGAUUAUGAGCAUUGGGUUGGAGGUUGGAUGCAUUAGAUACAUGAUGUAUUAUUGUACAGAAUCGAAUGGAUGAUAGUCGUAUCGUCACUUUUGGCUCGCAGUCAUUAAAUACCUUUUUUCUUAACUCAAUAAGCUUUAU